CGUUUGCUUUUAAUGUCGUUUACUUAUUUUGUUUAUUAGCAUUACUAAGUGACCGUAAAAAGCCUCACAUUUUUACGGAAAAUUUCAAAAUUCUAGUACGCGGCAGCUCGACUCAUUCAGGUGUUCAAUGAUGAGGUCCAGUCCACUCCGUUCGCUGACGAGGUGGUGCGGUGUCCGCUACUCUUUGUCUACCAAUAUCCAGUCCAGGAUCUUCAGGCGCCAAAAAUGUAGCUGCCUGACCCUUGAGAAUACGUUCAAGUGCUACGAUCUGGAGACGGGACCCACGGUGGACGUGGAGCUGUCGAGGGACGACGCUCUGGCGAUGUACAUCAAGAUGAUAGAGUGUCGGCGCCUCGAGACGGUGUCUGGGAACAGCUAUAAGCAGCGCCAGAUCCGCGGAUUCUGUCACUUGUACACGGGUCAGGAGGCGGUGGCCGUCGGGAUGAAGCAGUGCCUGCGACAGUGCGAUUCGGUGAUAACCGCCUACCGAUGCCACGCCUGGACCUAUUUAAUGGGCGUGUCCCUGUACGAGAUAAUGGCCGAGUUGCUGGGCGUGCGGACGGGCUGCAGCCGGGGAAAAGGUGGCUCCAUGCACAUGUACGGCGAGAACUUCUAUGGCGGCAAUGGCAUAGUGGGUGCCCAGGUUCCGGUGGGCACGGGCGUGGCCCUGGCCCACAAAUACCGCAACGACAAUGGGGUGUGCGUGGUGCUCUAUGGCGAUGGUGCGGCCAAUCAGGGCCAAGUCUUCGAGUCCUUCAACAUGGCCAAGUUGUGGUGCCUGCCCUGCGUCUUCGUCUGCGAGAACAAUCACUAUGGCAUGGGCACGCACGAGAAGAGGGCCGCGGCCAUGACGGACUUCUACAUGAGGGGUCACUAUAUCCCGGGUCUUUGGGUCGAUGGCAAUCAGGUGCUGGCCGUGCGCAGUGCCACCAAGUUUGCCGUGGACUAUGCCCUCAGGGAGGGUCCAAUUGUCCUGGAGAUGAGCACAUACCGGUAUGUUGGCCACUCCAUGUCCGAUCCGGGCACCUCGUAUCGCUCGAGGGAGGAGGUCCAGGCGGUGAGGGACAAUCGCGAUCCGAUCACCAGUUUUCGCAGCCAAAUAAUCGAACUAUGCCUCGCCGAUGAGGAGGAGUUGAAGAUUCUGGAGGACAAGACCAAGAAGCAUGUCGACAAUGAGUGCAAAAGGGCUGCCGCCGACAAGGAGGUGGAUCUACACGAGCUCCACACCGAUAUAUAUGCCAAGAAUGUUGAUGCUAAGAUACGUGGCGUAUCCGGAUAUCAUCUGGAGCACAUCAGACUGUCGGAGGUUUGUUUUGGCAAGCCCAGAAAGACGCCGGCCAGCGAGAUUACAGAGGAGCCGGUUGUCGAAAAAGAAGCUAAGGAGGUCAAGGAAGGUGAACCUAAGAAGGAUAAUAAGGCUUCGGCCAAGGCUGCUAAAGAUCCCCAAGGAUCCGCCAAAGAUGCCAAGGCCCCCCAGGAUGGCAAAGCUCCCAAGGAAAUUGGCAAUAAAAAGGACAAACCAUCAGUUUCCGAGGCCGCUAAGUCACCGAAUUCCGCUCCUGCUGCUGCUGCACCACCCGCCCAAAAACCACCCACCAAAACACCAGCACCACCUGCACCCAAAAAGUAAUGUUCACAUCGCAGUUCACAACCAAGUUGAAAGUUUGCCCAAGAGCUUUAGUUGAUUUUUAAACCAAAAUGUGUUUAAAUUACAGUACAAAUUACUUAAUGUGUUCAAAAAUCGUUUAAACAAAUAAACUAAUUUCCGUUUUCAAAGGAA